AUGAACAGGGAAAGGAGUCAGGAAAUUGUCACUCUGUUUAUUGACAACAUUCCUGAACACAAGGACCAGUUAUGGUUAAAGAGAGCUUUCAAUAAGUUUGAGGAUGUUAAGGAUGCAUUUAUACCGCGGAAAAGAAGCAAACGUAUAGGCAAUAAAUUUGGUUUUGUGAGGUUUGAUUGCUAUGCGGCAGCUAGCAUGGCUAUUGCAAGAAUGAAUGGAGUUUGGAUAGAGAAGGAUAGGCUUUCUGUUAAAGAAGCCAGUUUUGGGAUCAAUGACGAUAAAUCUAAGGUGAAACACCCCCAACUUCCAUCAAUGAAGGAGAAUGGAAACUUCCAAAUGGCGAAUCCAAUCCAAAGACAUGGUAAGGAGGUGUGUUUGGAGAAUAAUAGGUCUGUGGUCCAUGGUAGUCACAUGCUGGCAAUACCAGAUCUUUUGCCCAAGCUCUAA